ACUCGUACUGAGUCAUCGCGAAUUGUCACUCGAGACCGUCUGCUGGCCUCGUCUCCUCGUCUGAUGUACAGUUCGAUUUCGAUAGACACUCGACGCUUCUUUGUAAUUUCGUGAAAUUUAGUAAACAAACGAUUCUUGUGCUUGAUAAAUCAAUCCAUGAUUCUCACUUUCGCCAUGGAUCCUGACUACGAACAACUCUCAAACGACAUCGAUCUCAUUUCGAGAAUGAAACAAUUCGGCAAAGCAACCGAUCAAGUCGUGGACACACUCAAACUCAUUGAUAACCAACAAUUCUACGAAGAUUUGAAUAAUUCGGAUAAAAUUAAGUACAAUUUGCUAAUGUCCUUCGGCAUGAACACACUUUUCUGGAUGUAUUUACGCGCCGAAGGAAUCGAUCCCUCGACUCACAAAAUCAAAGGUGAAAACGAACGUUUGAAGCAGUCGAUGGCAAGAUCGCAGAGAAUCAAAGACAAAAAGACGAUGCCGAGGCUGGACAAGAAGGCUGCGCGCAGGUUUGUCAAACACGGCUUGUGGACACCGGGCACCAAUACUAACGGGGUAGAAGAACCGACGUCCAACGGCGAACCGAUGGAAGAAAAUUGGGACGAACCCCCGUCGACGCAACAGACUCAAGAAAAUCCAAUUUCUGCGAGCUCCUGAUAAAAAAUAGGCUCGAUAGAUUAUUUUUUCAAGCACUCUCUAUGAUGAGUGGGCAAACAAAUUUAUAUGGACUUGAUAAAUACUCUGAAAAUGAGUAUAGAAUACCGUUUGUAUGUAAAAUGGUUUCAGCGGUGCAGCAAUUUUGCACCCUCGACUGAGAAUAAAGUUUAUUUAUGCAUUUAAA